UAUGUUUAUAACCAAUUUGCUUAAAUUUAUUUUAUUUAUGUGAUUUUAUUAUAGUGACUGUUACAUUGGUAAAUUCUUUAAUUUUAUUAAUGCUGACAUUAAGUACCAAUGAAUUCAAACAUUGAGGAUUAUUUAAAAAAUUCGGAAAAUAAUGUAGAUACAACUUCAUGUACAAACGAUAAAGGCGAAAAACGCAGUGACUACUUAGCAUGGGACGAAUAUUUUAUGGCAGUAACAUUUCUGGAGAUAAGAAGAUCUGAAAACACUGACAUCACUGAUGCAGCAAUUAUAUUAAAUCGUCGUCAAAUAAUUGUAAGUAUGGAGAGUAGUAGUGCAUCUAAAGAAGAAUCAAAUGGCGAGUCUUACAUUAAUCAUGCUGAAUAUAAAGCACUACGUAAAAUUCAAGAAGGGACUGUUAUGUAUUGCACUAGUUUUCCAUGUGUAAAGUGUGCCGAGGUUAUAGUCAGUUCUGGUAUAGAAGAACUAAUUUAUUAUCAGGAUAAUGUAAACAGUGAUGAUGCCAGAGAAGUCUUAAAGCAGGGCGGAGUUAGUUACAGACAAUUUGUUAAUAACAGAAAAAUUAUUGAAAUUGACUUCAGUCAAUAUGAUGAUGACUGUUCAUGACACUUAUUUAAUUUAUUUAGAUUAUAUCAAAUGUGACACUAAUAAUACUUAUUUAAUUUCUUCUUUGCAAACAUUUUGCAUGCUCAAGCUUACAUGUUUGCUUGUCUUUUUCUUGAGGAUAAUAUUUAAUUUUAAUUAAAAAGAAACAAAACAAUGUUAACAGUUUCCUUCACUAUGUACACAGUGCGUCUAGUGCACUUAUUGUACAUAGACUUAUGUUUAAGAUAAGCUAAUAUUAGUACAAAAUGUAUUUUACCUAAGUAAUCAGCUGCUUUAUACACUGCCUUUAAUUGACGGCUGUGGUAUUACA